CUCUGUCCUCUCCUUUCUUACGAUGUUGAGCUGCUUCACUGCUAUUGGCUGGUCGUAAGACCAUUUCAUUGAUUAGAAAUUCACAAUUUGAGGUCGCGGAGGAUUUGCUAGACAUCUCCUCGGUGUAACCUCGGCUCUUUGUGGGAGCAGAGCUGAGGAGGCAGAAGGAGGCAGGCUCGGAAACAAUAGAGCUGAGGAGCUGCUGCGCUUUGUGCGUCCUCAUUAGCGCUGUCCGGAGCGCGCGCACAUCCAGCACGCAAAGAUGCGGGGAUUUUAACGCACGCAGACACCGCUACUUACCGGAUUCCCUUCACCUUCCGUUUGAGUUGUCACAGGACCAAAGGGGGUAGAUAUGAAUUCUGCCGAAGCAGCCGAGGAAGGACCAAACGACUCAGACACGGACGCCUUCUUCAAAACAGGAUCGUACAGGAGCGAAGGGAUAAAGGCCAGCGAUGUGUUACAUGUGCUGAAAGAUAAAGUGGCCUUUGUGUCAGGUGGCCGUGAUAAGAGAGGAGGGCCGAUUCUGACCUUCCCAGCUAGGAGUAAUCAUGACCGAAUAAAGCAGGAGGAUCUGAGGAGACUAGUCACAUACCUGUCCACCGUGCCCAGUGAGGAUGUGUGUAAGCGAGGCUUCACCGUGAUCAUUGACAUGCGUGGCUCUAAAUGGGACCUGAUUAAGCCGUUAUUGAAGACCCUGCAAGAAGCGUUCCCAGCUGAGAUCUGUGUUGCCCUCAUCAUCAAACCAGACAACUUCUGGCAGAAGCAGAAGACCAACUUUGGCAGUGCCAAGUUCACCUUUGAGACUAGCAUGGUGUCAGUGGAGGGUCUGACCAAGCUUGUGGACCCAUCUCAGUUAACAGACGAUUUUGAGGGUUCUCUGGAGUACAAUCACGAGGAGUGGAUGGAACUGAGAGUGGCACUUGAAGAGUUCCUGGGCAGCGCAGCGCACCUUCUCUCACGGCUGGAGGAGCUGCAGGAGCAGCUGGCUAAGAAGGAAUUCCCAGUGGAUGUGGAGGGCUCACGCAGGCUUAUCGAGGAACACACACAGCUGAAGAAGAAGGUGAUGAAGGCUCCUGUGGAGGAGUUGGACCGAGAAGGCCAGAGGCUGCUGCAGUGCAUCCGCUCCAGUGACGGUUACUCUGGCAGGAAUUGCAUCUCAGGCAGUGCAGACUUUCAGAGUGUGGUGCCUAAGAUCGCCAGCCUGCUUGAUAAGCUGCACAGCACCAGGCAGCAUCUGCACCAGAUGUGGCAUAUGAGGAAGCUGAAGCUGGAUCAGUGUUUUCAGCUGCGGCUGUUUGAGCAGGAUGCCGAGAAGAUGUUCGACUGGAUCAGUCACAAUAAAGAGCUGUUUCUGCAGAGCCACACUGAGAUUGGCGUGAGCUACCAGCACGCUGUGGACCUUCAGACGCAGCACAACCACUUCGCCAUGAACUCCAUGAACGCGUAUGUGAACAUAAAUCGGAUCAUGUCUGUGGCGUCGCGAUUAUCAGAGGCAGGUCACUAUGCGUCACAGCAGAUUAAACAGAUCAGUGCCCAACUCGAUCAGGAGUGGAAGAGUUUUGCCGCCGCUCUGGAUGAACGCAGUACCAUCCUUGCCAUGUCUGCAGUCUUCCACCAGAAAUCUGAACAGUUCCUUUCAGGUGUAGAGGCCUGGUGUAAAAUGUGCAGUGAGGGAGGUCUUCCCUCAGAGAUGCAGGAUUUGGAGCGAGCCAUUCAUCACCACCAGACUCUGUAUGAACAGGUCACACAGGCUUACACAGAGGUGAGUCAGGAUGGGAAGGCAUUGCUAGAUGUACUGCAGCGGCCGUUAAGUCCUGGGAACUCUGAGUCCCUGACUGCAACAGCGAACUACUCUAAAGCAGUGCAUUGCAUCCUGGACGUGGUGCACGAGGUCCUGCAUCACCACCGACGCCUGGAAAACAUCUGGCAGCAUCGUAAAGUGCGCCUGCACCAAAGACUACAGCUUUGUGUGUUCCAGCAGGAUGUGCAGCAGGUGAUGGACUGGAUCGAGAACCAUGGCGAGGCUUUCCUGAGUAAACACACAGGAGUGGGCAAGUCUCUGCACAGAGCCAGAGCCCUGCAGAAACGCCAUGAUGACUUUGAGGAGGUGGCACAGAACACCUACACUAAUGCUGACAAGCUCCUCGAGGCGGCCGAACAGCUGGCUCAGACGGGCGAAUGCGACCCGGAGGAAAUCUACAAAGCAGCGCGGCACCUAGAGGUUAGGAUCCAGGACUUUGUGAGAAGAGUUGAGCAGCGGAAACUGCUUCUGGACAUGUCCGUCUCCUUCCACACUCACACCAAAGAGUUAUGGACAUGGAUGGAGGAUCUUCAGAAGGAACUGUUAGAGGAGGUGUGCUCAGACUCGGUGGACUCUGUGCAAGAACUGAUUAAACAGUUUCAGCAGCAGCAAGCCGCCACACUGGAGGCCACACUCAAUGUUAUUAAAGAAGGAGAGGACCUCAUUCAACAACUCAGAGACUCAGCGAUGAGCAGUAAUAAGAUGCCCCAUAACAGUUCUAUAGCUCACAUUGAGAGUGUGCUACAGCAGCUGGACGAGGCACAGGGUCAGAUGGAGGAGCUCUUCCAUGAAAGAAAGAUUAAACUAGACAUCUUUCUUCAACUGCGCAUCUUUGAACAGUACACCAUUGAGGUCACUGCAGAACUGGACGCAUGGAACGAGGAUCUGGUCCGGCAGAUUAGUGAAUUCAGUGGAGAGGAGCCAAGUCUGGUGGAACAGAGGGUCCAAAGGCACGCAGAUAGAAAACUGGCCAUGAACAACAUGACAUAUGAGGUCAUCCAGCAGGGCCAAGACCUACACCAGUACAUCAUGGAGGUCCAGGCUUCAGGCAUUGAGUUAACAGGGGAAAAGGAAGUAGAUUUGGCGACUCAGGUUCAGGAGCUGCUGGAGUUUCUUCAUGAGAAACAACAUGAACUCGACAUGAGUGCAGAGCAGACACAGAAACGGCUAGAGCAGUGUCUCCAACUACGCCACCUGCAGGCUGAGGUUAAACAGGUGCUCAGUUGGAUCCGCAAUGGUGAGUCUAUGCUGAAUGCCAGCAUGGUUAAUGCCAGCUCACUGUCUGAGGCUGAACAAUUACAACGAGAACAUGAACAGUUCCAGCUUGCUAUAGAGUCCCUGUUCCAUGCCAACUCUCUGCAGAAGACCCAUCAGAGCGCACUGCAGGUCCAGCAGAAGGCAGAAGUCAUGCUGCAAGCAGGCCACUAUGACCCUGACGCCAUCCGCACCUGUGCUGAAAAGGUAGCCAUGCACUGGCAGCAGCUCAUGCUAAAAAUGGAGGAUCGGCUCAAGCUAGUUAACGCUUCGGUGGCCUUCUACAAGACGUCUGAGCAGGUGUGCAGUGUGUUAGAGAGUUUGGAGCAGGAAUACCGACGGGAUGAGGACUGGUGUGGAGGUCAUGAUAAGCUGGGCCCUUUAGCUGAGAGUGACCAUGUGUUUCCUCUCAUCAGCAAACAUCUGGAGCAGAAAGAGGCCUUCCUGAAGGCGUGUACUCUAGCCCGACGUAAUGCUGAAGUUUUCCUCAAGUACAUCCACCGCAACAACGUCAGCACUCCCGCCUCCUCCGGCAACACCCGCGGCUCCGAGCAGCAGGUCAAAGCAAUCCUCAAUGAGCUGUUGCAGAGGGAGAACAGAGUCUUGCACUUCUGGACCAUGAAGAAACGCCGCUUGGAUCAGUGCCAGCAAUAUGUGGUGUUUGAACGCAGUGCCAAACAGGCGUUAGACUGGCUUCAGGAGGCAGGUGAAUAUUUCCUCUCCACUCACAACACUCUAGGAGACUCAGCUGAAAAAACUCAAGAGUUGCUGAAAGAGUAUGAGAACUUCUGUGUCUCUGCUAAGCAAACCAAGGAUAAGGUGAAGCUGCUGAUUCAGCUGGCUGACAACUUUGUGGAGAAGGGCCAUGUGCAUGUGACAGAGCUGAAGAAAUGGGUGAGUACGGUGGACAGGCGCUACAGAGACUUCUCCCAGCGCAUGGGCCACUACCGCUGCAGCUUGGAGAAUGCACUGGGCAUUAGCUCGGAGCAUAAUAAGGACCUGGAGUUAGAUAUCAUUCCAGCCAGCCUGACUGACCCGGAAGUCAAACUCCGUGAACCUAACCAUGAGGUCAAUGAGGAGAAAAGGAAGUCAGCCAGGAAGAAAGAAUUUAUAAUGGCAGAGUUGCUGCAAACUGAAAAAGCCUAUGUUAGAGAUCUUCAUGAGUGCUUAGAGACGUACCUCUGGGAGAUGACUAGUGGUGUGGAGGAGAUCCCACCAGGAAUCGCCAACAAAGAACAUAUCAUCUUUGGGAACAUCCAGGAGAUUUAUGACUUCCACAAUAACAUUUUCUUGAAAGAGUUAAUCAAUUAUGAGCAGUUGCCAGAGGAUGUGGGCCAUUGCUUUGUCACAUGGGCGGAUAAAUUCCAGAUCUAUGUGACUUACUGUAAAAAUAAGCCAGACUCAAAUCAGCUUAUCCUGGAGCAAGCUGGAAGCUUUUUUGAUGAAAUCCAGCAGAGGCAUGGCCUGGCAAACUCCAUCUCCUCUUACCUUAUCAAGCCUGUACAGAGGAUCACCAAGUAUCAGCUUCUCCUGAAGGAGCUUCUGAGCUGUUGUGAAGAGGGUAAAGGUGAGAUUAAGGAUGGGCUGGAGGUGAUGCUGGCUGUGCCCAAGAGAGCCAAUGAUGCCAUGCACCUCAGCAUGUUAGAGGGUUUUGAUGAGAAUUUGGAUGUGCAGGGAGAGCUGAUCCUACAGGACACAUUCCAAGUGUGGGACCCCAAAUCUCUGAUCCGGAAAGGUCGAGACCGCCACCUCUUCCUCUUCGAGAUCUCCCUCGUCUUCAGCAAGGAGAUCAAAGACUCAGCUGGCCGCACUAAAUACGCCUACAAAAGCAAACUACUGACAUCUGAGUUGGGGGUGACGGAGCACAUAGAGGGCGACCCUUGUAAAUUUGCACUAUGGGCAGGACGGACGCCAUCAUCUGACAACAAGACAGUCCUUAAGGCAUCCAGCAUUGAGGUAAAGCAGGAGUGGAUAAAGAACAUACGGGAGGUUAUUCAGGAGAGGAUGAUUCACCUGAAGGGGGCACUAAAGGAGCCUAUACCGAUACCCAAAACCCCUGCCAAGCCACGCAACAACAGCAAGAGAGAAAUUGGAGAGGAUGCUGAUAGUCAGGGAGAUGGCAGCAGUCAGCCGGACACCAUCUCCAUUGCCUCUCGAACCUCUCAGAACACAGCAGACAGUGACAAGCUCUCGGGUGGGUGUGAGUUGACGGUGGUGCUGCAGGACUUUGUGGCGAGCUCUGUGUCUGAGCUCAGUGUUCAGACGGGCCAGACUGUGGAGCUGCUGGAGAGACCCAGUGAGCGGCCGGGCUGGUGUUUGGUGCGCACCACUGAUAAAAGCCCACCUCAGGAGGGUCUGGUGCCCAGCACAACACUCUGUAUCUCCCACUCACGCAGCAGUGUUGAGAUGGACUGCUUCUUCCCUGCAGGCAAAGAGAACUACACAGUCGGUGGUGCAGAUGGGAAGACGGACUCGGUGGCGGCGCUGCAGCCGCAGGCUUCUCUCGCUUCCCUCCAUAGCAACUCCCCAGGACCCAAACGCUCUGGAAACACCCUGAAGAAGUGGCUCACAAGCCCCGUGCGCCGCCUCAGCCAUGGCAGCAACAUCAAAAAGCUGCCCAGCAAGCAGAAGCAGAAGAGAGAUGGCCGCAAGAGCAUUGACCUGGGACCACCUGAAAUGCAGGAUGACAAUCUGGAGGAGAGGAUAAGGAAAGAUGGAACACUCUCCAAGUCAUCAGGAAUGCAGAGUGGAGGGGAGGAAGAACCAGAAGAUGACUCUCAUACUCCACUCCCUCCACCCAUGGAAAUCAUCAAAGACCCCUCCACUCAGGAGGAGAAGACUCUCGAUGGAGGCACAUACACUGGUUUCAGCUCAGUGAACCCAGUGGAGCAGAGCCCAGCCCAGCCGAGGAAUCCCGAGCUAGAGCAGAAGGCCAAAGCACUCCGUGGUCGCAUGUUUGUUCUGAAUGAGCUGAUACAGACGGAGAAGGAUUAUGUCAAAGAUUUAGGAAUCGUAGUAGAGGGUUUCAUGAAGAAGAUAGAAGAGAAAGGAGUCCCUGAAGACAUGAAAGGAAAGGACAAAAUUGUCUUUGGGAAUAUUCACCAAAUCUAUGACUGGCACAGAGACUUCUUUGUGGGGGAACUGGAAAAAUGUCUUGAUGAUCAUGAAAAACUACCAGAGCUCUUUAUCAAACAUGAGCGAAGGCUGCACAUGUAUGUCAUUUACUGCCAGAACAAACCCAAGUCAGAAUUCAUCGUGGCUGAAUAUGACUCGUUCUUUGAGGCAGUUCAGCAAGAAGUGAACUGCAGACUGGGCAUCAGUGAUUUUCUCAUCAAGCCCAUUCAGAGAAUUACAAAAUAUCAACUACUGUUAAAGGAUUUCCUGAAAUACAGCAGCAAGGCAGGGUUGGACUGUCAGGAUAUUGAGAAAGCAGUUGAUCUGAUGUCCCAGGUUCCUAAACUCUGCAACGACAUGAUGAACCUUGGCAGACUACAAGGCUUUGAGGGAAAGCUGACGAGUCAGGGUAAACUCCUACAACAGGAGACGUUCUUCGUGACAGAGCAGGACUCGGGUGUUCUGUCUCGCAGCAAAGAGCGCAGAGUUUUCCUCUUCGAGCAGAUUGUCAUCUUCAGUGAACUUCUGCGUAAAGGCUCUUCAACACCCGGUUAUCAGUUCAAAAAGAGCAUCAAGGUGAGCUAUCUGGGUCUGGAGGAAUAUGUGGAUAACGACCCGUGUAAGUUUGUGCUGUCGUGUCGUGGCUCAUCUGAGCGGUUCACCCUGCAGGCAGCAAACACAGACAUUAAGCAGGUCUGGGUAGAGCACAUCACUGAACUGCUGGAUGCCCAGAGCAACUUCCUGUCAGCUCUUCAGUCUCCUAUUGAGUAUCAGAAGGAGAAGGGCAGCUCUCACUCACUUACACGGAACUCGGGAAGCAGCAGACCCAGCUCCAUCGUAUCCAUCAGUCCGGAAAAAUCUGCCCUUUCAGGACGCAACUCCACCCCAGUGAAACUACCUACCUCCAAUGGCAGUGCCUGUUUUGAGCCCCACAAACACUCUGACAGAUAUGAAAGCUCCAAGCAUGAUGGUCUUGGCUGUAAUGGCAUGUCCUCCUCCAUGAUGGUGACUCAGGACUACAGCGCACUGAAGGAGAAUGAGAUCUGCGUCACACACGGUGAGAUGGUACAGGUGCUGGCCAACAAUCAGCAGAACAUGUUCCUGGUGUUCCGGCCUGCCAACAGCCAAUCCCCUGCUGCUGAGGGCUGGGUACCUGGCAAUGUCCUCGGCCCUCCCCCUAAAACCAUCAUAGACACUGCUGCUCAUUCCAGCAUCAAGAAGUCUCUUUCGUGGAACACGCUCCGUGCCCGUAAGCGUGCUGAGAAGGACAGUGUUGCAGGAAAAGGGGACACAAAGCUUGAGAAUGGACUACGUAAGCCUAAGGACAUUCUCAGCAGCAAGGUUACUGUAAAAGAGUCUCACAGCUCAGAGGAAUCAGAAUGUGAGGAUGAACUAGACCCCAAAACUAGCAUGGAGUUGUUGAAUCCCAAUUUCAUUCAAGAAGUUGCUCCUGAGUUCCUGAUCCCUCUGGCGGAUGUGACAUGUGCUCUGGGGGAAACUGUUGUCUUGUGUUGUAAAGUCUGUGGUCGCCCCAAACCCACUAUCACUCUAAAGGGUCCAGACCAGAGUCUAGUUGUGAACAACAACCACUUCACCAUCAACAUCAGGGAAACAGGUGACAUUCUGUUAAAGAUCUGUAAUCUGAUGCCACAGGACACCGGCAUCUACACCUGUAUUGCCAUUAAUGACCACGGCACAGCUUCAUCCUCUGCCUCAAUUAAAGUACAAGGCGUCCCAGCAGCCCCAGCUCGUCCCGUAGCCCAGGAGGCUAGCAGUACUGCGGUGGUGGUGCACUGGCUUCCACCUGCUAGCUUGGGAAACUGUGCCAUUACCAGUUACACUGUGGAGUAUAGACAAGAGGACUCUCUGGUGUGGCAGCAGUCAGUACGCUCUACAACUGAUGUAUGUGUGAAGAUCGAGGAUCUGAUCCCAGGUGGACAUUACCAAUUCAGAGUUAGAGCCAGCAACCCCUGGGGCAUCAGUCCCCCCAGUGAGCCCUCCAACAUGGUCACUCUACCCAGCUGUGCUUCAACAUAUGAUGGAACUGGUAUCCAGUGGAAAGACAACUUUGAAUCAGCAUUUACAGAAAUCUGUGAAAUUGGAAGGGGUCGCUUCUCAGUGGUGAGGAAAUGUCUACACAAGUCCACUAAGAAGGAAGUAGCUGUAAAGUUUGUCAACAAGAAGAUGCAGAAGAAAGAGCAGGUGGCUCAUGAAGCAGAUAUCCUGAAACAUGUACAGCAUCCUCAGCUGGUGGCUCUGACCGACACUUAUGAGUCACCCACAGCCUACAUACUCGUCUUAGAGCUGCUGGAGGGUGGGCGUCUGCUGGAUUACCUGGUGGCCCAUGAUGAGCUAAUGGAGGAGAAGGUGGCAUUCUUCAUUAAGGACACAGUCGAGGCCUUAAAGCACCUGCACACCUGCAAAGUGGCUCAUUUGGAUCUGAAGCCUGAAAACCUAAUGGUCAACCUCCGCAUGCCUGUACCGUGUGUGAAGCUGAUAGACUUUGGUGAUGCAGUGCAGAUAUCAGGGCACCGGUAUGUGCACCUCCUGCUGGGAAACCCUGAGUUUGCAGCUCCGGAGCUGAUCCAGGGCACACCGGUGUCUUUCUCCACGGACGUGUGGAGUGUCGGCGUGCUGGCCUAUGUCAUGCUAAGCGGAGUCUCGCCGUUUUUGGACGAGAGUCUGGAGGAGACCUGCGUUAACAUCUGCAAACUGGACUUCUGUUUCCCGGAUGAGUAUUUCUGUGGCGUGAGUCAAGCAGCGAGGGAUUUCAUUGUCUCAACUCUGAACCAGGACACUAGGAAAAGACCAAGCUCGACAGCAUGUUUGCAGCACCCAUGGGUUAGCGCUCACAGUGGAGAUUAUUCCAAAACUCCGCUGGAUACGGCCAGAUUGGCGGCUUUUAUUGACAGACGCAAGCAGCUGCAUGAUGUCCGACCUGUCACUAAUAUUAAAGGCUUGGUCACUACCACUAUGGGACACACCAUAUAAGAGAGAUUGCUUUCUCAGAGGAAUACACACUUGAAAAGAGGGUUAUGUGUUAAAUAUUACCAGAAUAAAAUGUAUUUUACUCAA